CGGCGACCUUCAGUGCCAGUUGUAGUGGCAACCGGCCGGCGGACGGUCUCCCAGGAGAGCCGGCACAGAGCGGACACCUAACCGGAGAGAGAGACAGAGAGGCAGCGCCAUGAGGCCCCUGGCACUGGUUUUGGUGGGCGCGCUGCUCUGCGCGGCGCUGGCCCAGGAUGACGCCCCUCUGCGGGGCCGUGGCCGCACCAGGGCACGGCUCAUCUCCCGCGAGAGGCUGGCCGAUGUCAUUGACGGCGCCGUCUCCAUCGAGGACAGCGGCGAGGACGGUCGCAAGCGCAUACUGGUGCGCCGGCCGGGCAGCGCUCGCCGGCGAGUGAAGGUGAUCCGGCGGCCGCGGCCCGAGCCGGCCACCACGGCGGCGCCGGCCACCGAGGCGCCCACCACCGAGCCGCCGGUGACCACGUUCGCGCCGCGCACGUUCCCCUCGUUCGCGGCCACCAGCGCACCGGCCCGGUUCAGCCCGGAGCCGGAGCCGACGCUGCCCGAGCCCGUGUUCCUGCAGCGGCCCGCCGAGCCCGAGCCCGAGGUCCGCCAGCGCCUGGUGUCCGCGCGGCGCCCGGCGGCGCCCUCCGUGGCCGCACCCACGUCGGCGCCGCGCCGCCAGCGUCCGGCCGAGCCCGUCAGCUCGUCCGGCGGCCGCCAGCUCAACCGCAAGGAGGAGGUGGUCGGCACGAUCCGCAACUACUCCUACUACAACGAGGACGGCUCGUUCACGUUCGGCUACGAGGCUGAGGACGGCUCGUUCAAGGAGGAGACGCGCGGCACGGACUGCGUUGUGCGCGGAAAGUACGGCUACAUCGACCCCGAGGGCGUGAAGCGCGAGUUCACCUACGAGUCGGGCAACCCGUGCGACGAGACCGCCACUGAGGAGGCGCUGUUCGACGAGCAGGGCUUCCCGAUCCUAGAGGAGGACGGCAGCCUGGCCGGCGGCGUGGACCCGCUCGACGACCAGCCGAUCCGCAUCCCGACCAACACCCAGUUCAUCUCGCAGACCAAGGAGGAGCGGCUGCCCGAGGAGGAGCUGCGUCAGUUCCGGCAGCCGGUGCGCAGCCGGCGCCCCGAGCAGAGCCGCCGGCGCACCACGCCCGCGCCCGCGCCCGCCCCGCAGCCCACCGAGGCACAGUUCGAGCGUCCCGAGCCUGUCACCUUCCGGCCGCGGCCCACGUUCGGCUUCCAGCAGGAGUCACAGGAGGAGCCGCAGAGGCCCGCGCCGCGACCCCCGGUCACCUUCCGGCCCACCAUCCGCGUCGAGCCCGAGCGUCGUCCGGAGCCGACCCAGCCGACCUUCGUGACCCCUCAGCCGCGUCCGUUCACGCCUCAGCCGCGCCCGUUCACCCCGCAGCCGCGUCCCUUCUCCCCGCAGCCCCCGCGCCCCGCCAUCAGCGGCGUCUUCAACUUCGACGAGGCCCUGAGCGAGAUCCAGUCUCGCCCGACCACGGCGCCGGCCCCGCGUCCCCUGGACGAGGGAGACGAGGACUUCGCCCUGGGCCGGCCCAAGGCAGCUGUCAGCGGCAAGUUUGACCACCAGCUCGUCUUCGACCCGACCACGGGCAAGCACCGCACUGACCUGGUCCAGACUCUGCCGGAGGGCACCGAGAUUCGUAUCGGAGAGAACAUCAACUCCUUCGGCACGGGACCGACCACCACCACCACCCCGCGUCCGUUCCAGAACAACGUGUUCGCGAACCUGCCGACCCGGCCCCCGACGCCGCGCCCGACGCCGCCGCCCACCACUCGCCCUCCCCCUCCCCCUCCCACGACUCGUCCCCCUCCGCCGCGGCCGGCGCUGGCCUCGUUCCCUCCCCCGCAGCCUUCUUCUCGUCCUCCGUUCACGGCCUUCAACCAGCCGCCUCAGCCUUUCCGUCCCCCUCAGCAGUUCGGCCAGCCUCAGCAGUUCGGCCCCCCGCAGCCGCAGCAGACCCGCCAGCCGUUCUCGGUGUUCAACAACCGCCCGCAGCCGCCUCAGCAGCAGCAGCAGCGGCCCGUGUUCUCCGUGUUCAACCAGCCGCGCCCGCAGCCGGGCCAGCCGGGCCAGCCGCAGCCGCGCCCCAUCUUCCUGGGCCCGCAGCCGUCCCCGCAGCCGCAGCCGCAGCAGCAGCAGCAGCAGGAGUCGGACUCGUCGCCGAGCUCGAGCGGCGCGCGGCCCGUGCAGCAGGUCAGCUUCGGCACCCAGGUGGCCAACCCGGUGUUCUCGCGGUUCGGCGUUCCGCAGCCGUUCGGCCAGUUCAGCGGAGCGCCCGCCCCGCCCCAGCAGCAGGGCCAGUUCCGCCCGCCGGCGCCCAUCAACUUCUUCGGUCAGGGCCAGGGCUAGAGGAGCGGCGACUUCAUGUGACGUCACCAUAACGUCACACUGAACGUCCGCCCGCCGUGCUGACACGGGGCGAUACGUCGCCCAGACGCUGUUGUUAUUGUAUAGCUUGGCCAGAUGUAGGGCUAGCGCGUCUAGACGAGGAUUUUCUGCGUUGUUGUACCACUGAGUGUCCCGACUACUAGUCAUUGUCUAAGUGGACUCUGUGUGUGUGUGCUCACAAAUGGUGGUACCGCCAACAAGGCAGCCGAACAAAGAUGAUAUUUUUGCGCGCUCUUUAGCUGGAAAAUUGAGAUCCCCCGUUUCUCUAAAUUGACCCGUUGUGAGUAUUGCAAUCGUCAUGUAGAGCUGCCAAGUCUUUCCAUUUAUGGUAAGAGUUGGUGCAGAGAUGAAACAAUGUUUGUGUUUGUAAUACUCAUAUGUCAUCCGGUGUGCCCUGAGAUGUACACAGUUUAGGAAAGCAUGCAUUCAUGUCUAGAUUACAUGCUGAGCAGCGCUGAACUUGUACAUAGAGUUGUACAUACGUUGUCGACUUUUGAAUACAUGUUUUCUUCCAAU